AUGCCCGACACACCUCAGGUUGUCUAUUGGACUCAUCAACUCAUUCUUUCCCCUGGACUGGAGAGAUUUUCGGUCGUCUUCCCUGAAGCACUGUCUCGUGCGACAGAGCAUCUCGGGCUGGACCAUCAGCCCUCGUGGUUUAACCCCAGACCCAGGAAGGGCAAUGCCGCUACGUUGAGGAGGGUCGGGAACGGGCCAACGAAGGUCUCGACAGCACGAGCGAAGGUGGAAGCGGAAGCUUUCGCUCAGCUGGCGGCGGCGGAUGCUCUGACCCCGCCCAACUCAGAGCGCAGCGAUGCUAUCUACGUCUACGAGGUCGAAUCCACGUCCACUAGUCCAUCUAUACCCAAGAUUAAGCGCGGCAGGAAUCAGAGGAAGAAGAAGAAGACGACCUAACGGUGUUCGGUGUCGGCUCGUAAUCAUAUUGCUGAGCUGGG